AUGAAGCUUUCUUCGUUUUUGGUGUCCACAGCACUCUGCAUCAUCUCUGUGGCCGCUGAGUCCCCCGUGCAGCUCAAUGGUUGGUACCCGUGUACGCAGGACUCACUGCAAGCAGAUGAGUUAAAUAAAGGCAACCCAGACCAGUACUACAUGGAGACAACGAAUGAUUCGAGUACGCGACGUAGAGCUACCGCCGAAGUGGAGCAGACUCAGGCACCCUCACUACCGUUUCUUCAACAGUCGUUUGACCGUCUAUUCGCUCAGCAUAGCGAUUGGAAGAAGCAGCAGCACCAGCGAACGCGACAUCACCACAACACUCGUGGUAAAGCUGCAGAGGAUGCAAUGCCCAGCAUCCCACAAUACGAGUGCGCAGAGUUUCGUGUACCUCUGUGCUAUGACGGAGUGUGUGAAAGCGACAACACCAUCGAUGUGUUCGUUAAGCGUGUGAAGGCGACGAGUGCGGCUGAGGGACAGAAAGGGAAGGCGCUGUGGGUACUGCAAGGAGGACCUGGGGCGUCCUCCACCGGAGUGGAAGGACUAAUGAACACAAUGUACUUGGAGCUGGAGAGACAGGUCAGUGUCUAUACGUUCGAUCAUCGAGGAACUGGUCGCAGUGCCAGACUCGAGUGUCAAGCUGCACAAGCUGGAGCGCUGGGCAGUCCUGGAGGCUCGUCUAUUCGUCUAGAUGAACUGCCCGCGUGUAUGGAUGAUAUCCGAUUUCAGAUCGACAAUCAGACGGCGGCGUUCUCGGUCACCAGCGCUGCGAAGGACUUGGCUGCGAUUAUAAACUAUGAACUCAGUGACCAGGACGUCUUCGUGUAUGGGCUCAGCUACGGCACAUAUCUGGUCGAGAGACUCGUGCACUUUGCACCAGCGAGUGUGAAGGGGUUCUCUAUCGACGGUAUUGUAUCCGAGAGUGGAGACACAGUGGAGAAGCGCUCAACGUUCUCCAACUGGGACCACGAUGUCGGUGUCGUUGGAGAUCGAUUCCUUGCUGCCUGUUUAGCAGAAGACUUCUGCAAGAGCAAGUUUCCAGGCGUUACGGAUCUAGCUGCGUUCGUCCACGAGCUCUAUGAUACGCUGGAUGCUGCUGUAGCUGAUGACAAGAAAGGCACAAACGCCUGUGCUGAUGCGUUGGCGAAGAACGGCAUGAAACCUUCCUACUUACUACGUUCCACUUUUGGAGAAUAUCUCAUGUCCGACCGAAUGCGGAUCGCUAUCCCUGCUGUGAUCUACCGUGCGUCUCGCUGUACAGACCAAGAUGCUGAUGCUCUGGGGUACUUUGCCGAAGGAGUUGCGUACUCGGAAGACGACGGUGGAUUCGGAGACUCGGAGCCGGAGACGCUGCUUUUUGAGUCGGAUAUGCUCUACUACUUGAUCGUGUUUUCAGAGAUGUGGGAAACCCCCACUCCCGACAAGGCGACGUUGAUUAAAUGGUAUGAAAACUCUACGAUGGCGUCGGACAACUACUUGUCACUCCCGUACUACUGCUUGUUCACUGGAAGCCGUGAACAUGCGUGCCAGGAGCUCAUUCACCUCCCUAUUGCUCGACCUCUGGUAUACGAGCGUGAUGAGUAUUGGAACAAGACAGGAGAACUUCCUGACGGCGUCACAGCGCUGCUCAUGACGGGUGGAAUGGAUCUGCAGACCCGUCGUAUGUAUGGGGAACUGGAGUAUAAAUCAAUGAGCGGCGAACGCAUGCUUGUGAACUUUGAUGACGCGGGACAUUGCACGACAUUCACCACACCGAUGAACAGUGGUAGUACCACCUGCGGCGUCCGGAUACUGACAUCCUACGUAAAGGAAAAUGGUGUACUAAAGAACGUGGACACAAGCUGCAUGGAUGACCUAAAGCCCAUGAAAUUCUCGGAAAAUGUCGUGGGUGCGCAAGAACUGUUUGGUACCAGCGAUCUGUACGAGAGCUCGGGCUCAGAUUGGUAG